UAAUUACAAGCGAUUGCCACACCCACUGUGGGCCACCCCAGUGCCUGGCCGAUGCGGUAAUUCCUUCCAGCUCAGCGACGCGCUCGUCGGCGGCGAGCUCCGCCGAGAGGACGCCGGCGGUCUCCCAUUUCACCCCAGUUCCAUCACCAGGCACGCCCGCGCCCCCGAUCUCCUCGCCCCUAGCGGCAGCCUCGUUGCCCGCCGCAGGCUCCUGGCCUCGCCCUUCCUUCCCUCUCUUCUAGAUCCAGCCCCACCGGGCCGUCGAGGCAGCAGCCCUGUGCUCUCGGAUUGCCUAGGUCCGGCGCACGUGACCCAGCUCGCCGGCGAGUUGGCUGCUGGGCACCUCCGCACCCGCGAUUCCGUAUUCCGGCGGCCUGCGGCGACGACCACGGUCGGACUGGAGUUCCCUCCUCACCCGCCGAUCUGGAGUUUUCCAACACAAUGGACGGAACAAAGCAUAGGAUUUUGAUGGUGUCCGACUUUUUCUUCCCAAACUUCGGUGGAGUGGAAAGCCAUAUCUACUACCUAUCACAAUGUCUGCUUAAGCUUGGCCAUAAGGUUGUCGUCAUGACGCAUGCGUAUGGAAACCGAUCUGGAGUACGAUAUGUCACAAAUGGUUUAAAGGUUUAUUAUGUACCAUGGAGGCCAUUCCUCAUGCAGAAUACACUGCCUACAUUAUUUUUGACAUUGCCGAUUGUAAGGACCAUUAUUAUUCGAGAGAAGAUUUCUGUUGUGCAUGGACAUCAGGCCUUCUCAACCCUGUGUCAUGAAGCAUUGAUGCAUGCUAGAACAAUGGGGUACAAAGUUGUCUUCACAGAUCACUCACUUUAUGGUUUUGCUGAUGCUGGAAGCAUUCACAUGAAUAAGGUGCUGCAGUUUACUCUUGCAGAUAUUGAUCAGGCUAUAUGUGUUUCUCAUACAAGCAAAGAGAAUACUGUCUUGAGGUCUGGGAUAUCUCCCGAGAAGGUUUUCAUGGUUCCUAAUGCCGUUGAUACAGCAAUGUUUACUCCAUCGCCCAAGCGCUUAAGUUGUGAUGAAAUAGUUAUUGUUGUGAUCAGUAGACUAGUAUAUAGGAAAGGUGCAGACCUUCUUGUGGAAGUCAUUCCAGAUGUGUGUCGUCUAUUUCCAAAGGUUCGCUUUAUUAUUGGGGGUGAUGGACCAAAACGUGUGCGACUUGAAGAGAUGAGGGAGAAGUUUUCCCUUCAGGAUAGAGUUGAGAUGUUAGGAGCUGUGCCUCAUGCUCAGGUGCGAUCAGUUCUGAUAUCUGGUCAUAUUUUUUUAAACAGUUCCCUUACAGAGGCAUUUUGCAUAGCCAUUCUGGAAGCAGCAAGCUGUGGACUGUUGACAGUAAGCACCAGAGUUGGAGGUGUCCCAGAGGUUCUUCCUGAUGACAUGAUAGUACUUGCAGAACCAGCUCCAGAAGAUAUGGUAAGAGCAGUCAAGAAAGCUAUCGACAUGCUACCUGGCAUAGAUCCCCAAGUUAUGCAUCUUCGGAUGAAAAAACUUUAUAGUUGGGAUGAUGUGGCCAAAAGAACAGAGAUUGUUUAUGAUCGUGCAAUGCAGUCAUCAACAACAAAUUUGCUAGACCGCCUUCCCCGAUAUCUUACCUGUGGAUCUUGGGCUGGGAAACUGUUUUGCAUAGUUAUGAUCAUCAAUUACCUACUAUGGCGCCUUCUAGAAUUCCUACAGCCUGCUGAAGGUAUCGAAGAAGUCCCAGAUAUACGUCCACUGCACUCUCAGUUGGAUUCAAGAGAUGAUUCAUGUGAAGCUCAAGAAAAGCAGAUUUAGAUUUUUGCCAGAUUUACAGACAGUUGGUGGUUACUGACAUGGUUUCCUCUCCGUGUCAGCAUUCAUUGUGGAUUUCUGGUCCAUGUACAGGUAUGCCAUUUUGAUUUUGGUCCUAACCCAGAAGCUUCUUUUGGAAGUUUCCAGCUCCUGUAGUGGUGGUAACUGAAACUGAAACAGUGGACUGCCCCUCAUUUGUGGGAUUUCUUGUCAUGUUGGUUAAAGCGGUCUGUAUCAUUGGUCCUCCUUUUUGUUUCGAAGUUAGUGGAUGGUCCAGGUCCUUAUCUCUUGCUGAUCUACUCACAAAGUGCUCACCGUCACUGAAACAAGGGUCUCACUCUUUUGGCAUCAGAUUGCCGUGUUUUUGCCAUCUCUCAGUUUCGAUGGUGACUGGUUCCAAGCGCACCCGAAAAGUAUAGCGAAAUUAUUGUGGUGGUGUGUUAAGUAUAGCGAAAUUAUUGUGGUGGUGUGUUAAGCCUGGAUCGACAUGCUGCCUGUAAUAAUACCUUGUGAUAAUCCUGUAGCAAUCUUUCAUAUUUGCGGUUCUGACGCAGGAGGACUAUGUUUACUACGCGUGCAAGGCACAUUUGGUUGCUGUUUGGAGCGCAAUUUUUUGACCCUUGUCUAUGGGAGGUACUGUUUGGAA